GUUUAGGUGCUAACCUCUAGUUUAGCCUAAAAUUUGGGUAAAAACAAGUUUCAUGAUGCCCAAACCCAUAAACUGAAUCAAAUUAAUUCAAUUUUCGUUUGAUUGGAUUGGAUUGGAUUGGAUUGGAUUGGUGGGGUUGUUGUUCAAUCAUCACUUAACUCUACUCUUCAGAUAUUUCAUCAGACAAUUCACUGCUCGUUUACUUUCCUCCACUGCUUCAAUCUCCGUUAUCUUUUCCAUCUCAAAAACCUAUGGUAAAUACCCUUCUCAUACACCCUCAUUCCCCUUUUCUUAAUUUUGCAUUUCUCUCAUUUCCCACCUCAAUGUUCACCCAUGGCUUCCCUCAAACUUUCCUUCUCUUUACAUUCUUUUGAUUCCAAUAAGUUCGAUUUUCCUGUCAAUUCACCUCCGCUCUCUGAUUAUUGCUCUCUUUUCUCCAUCAAUGGUUAUAUUCAUCUCAAUAAGUCCUGCAUACUUUACUCUCUCGCUAGGGUUCACAAGCCCUCUAAAGUUUCUCAGGUAGAACCGGAGGCGUCGGACGUUUCCCAAUCUAGAUUUGAUGACAUUGACUCCAGGAAAAAGUAUUUUACCGCUAAGAAGCCUUCAAAGAGAGCAGCAGGUUCGCAUUUUAGUUUUAGUAGGAAUUGUAGUGAGAAGAUUUUUGAGAAUAUUCUUUUCAGUGGUGGUGAAUUGGAUGUCAAUUACUCAACUAUAUCCUCUGAUUUGAGCUUAGAGGGUUGCAAUGCUAUUUUGAAAAGGCUAGAGAAGUGUAAUGAUUCCAAAACACUGGAUUUCUUUGAGUGGAUGAGAAGUAAUGGGAAAUUAAAACACAAUGUGAGUGCUUAUAAUUUGGUUCUUCGAGUGUUGGGUAGGCAAGAAGAUUGGGAUGCUGCUGAGAAGCUAAUUAAGGAAGUUAGAGCUGAGUUGGGUUCUCAAUUGGAUUUUCAGGUUUUUAACACUCUUAUUUAUGCUUGUUAUAAAUCGGGGUUUGUGGAGUGGGGUACGAAAUGGUUUCGAAUGAUGUUGGAAUGCCAAGUGCAGCCCAAUGUCGCGACAUUUGGAAUGCUUAUGGGUCUCUAUCAGAAGAGUUGUGACAUUGAGGAAUCGGAGUUUGCCUUUAAUCAGAUGAGAAACUUUGGGAUUGUUUGUGAAACAGCAUAUGCAUCUAUGAUUACUAUAUACAUACGUAUGAAUUUAUAUGAUAAAGCAGAAGAGGUGAUUCAAUUAAUGCAAAAAGAUAAAGUAAUUCCUAAUCUAGAGAACUGGUUAGUAAUGCUUAAUGCUUAUUGUCAGCAAGGCAAAAUGGAGGAAGCUGAACUUGUAUUUGCCUCAAUGGAAGAAGCUGGGUUUUCAUCCAAUAUCAUUGCAUAUAAUACCUUGAUUACUGGGUAUGGAAAGGCAUCAAAUAUGGACACUGCUCAACGCCUGUUCUUGGGCAUCAAGAACUCUGGAGUGGAACCUGAUGAAACGACUUACCGCUCCAUGAUUGAAGGUUGGGGUCGAGCUGGUAAUUAUAAAAUGGCAGAAUGGUAUUAUAAGGAGCUCAAGCGGAAAGGAUAUAUGCCGAAUUCCUCUAACUUGUUCACCCUCAUAAAUCUACAAGCCAAACAUGAGGAUGAAGCAGGUGCACUUAAAACACUUAAUGAUAUGCUGAAGAUUGGAUGCCGGCCUUCUUCCAUUGUUGGAAAUGUUUUACAAGCAUAUGAAAAGGCUAGAAGAAUAAAAAGUGUGCCUGUACUCUUGACAGGGUCGUUCUAUCGGAAAGUUCUGAGCAGCCAGACAUCUUGCUCAAUUCUGGUAAUGGCUUAUGUGAAGCACUGUUUAGUGGAUGAUGCUUUAAAAGUGUUGAGGGAAAAGGAGUGGAAAGAUCAUCAUUUUGAGGAGAAUUUGUAUCAUUUGCUAAUUUGUUCAUGUAAAGAGUUGGGCCAUUUCGAGAGUGCAAUUAAGAUAUACGCACAACGGCCUAAACGUGAAAACAAACCUAACUUGCAUAUCACAUGCACAAUGAUUGAUAUCUACAGCAUCAUGGGUAGGUUCUCUGACGGGGAGAAGCUUUAUCUAAGCCUGAGAUCAUCAGGCAUUCCUUUGGAUUUGAUUGCCUAUAAUGUUGUUGUGAGAAUGUAUGUCAAAGCUGGAUCAUUGGAAGAUGCAUGCUCAGUUCUUGACUUGAUGGCUGAGCAGCAGGACAUUGUUCCAGAUGUAUAUCUGUUACGGGACAUGCUUCGUAUUUACCAACGAUGUGGCAUGGUGCAUAAGCUAUCAGAUCUGUACUAUAGGAUAUUGAAGAGUGGGGUGUCUUGGGAUCAGGAAAUGUAUAAUUGUGUCAUAAAUUGCUGUUCCCGUGCUCUGCCUGUUGAUGAGCUUUCUAGGCUUUUUGAUGAAAUGCUUCAAUGUGGUUUUGCCCCAAAUACUGUGACCUUGAAUGUCAUGCUUGACGUUUAUGGGAAAUCCAAGCUUUUCGCUAAGGCUAGAAAUCUCUUUGGGUUUGCUCAGAAAAGAGGUUUGGUUGAUGCAAUCUCUUAUAAUACUAUGAUAUCUGUCUAUGGGAAGAAUAAGGACUUCAAAAACAUGUCAUCUACGGUUCAGCAAAUGAAAUUUAACGGGUUUUCAGUUUCCCUUGAAGCCUACAAUUGUAUGUUGGAUGCUUAUGGCAAAGAAUGCCAAAUGGAGAAUUUCAGAAGUGUCUUGCAGCGAAUGCAGGAGUCAACUUCUGAAUGUGACCAUUAUACGUAUAACAUCAUGAUCAACAUCUAUGGAGAACGAGGAUGGAUAGAUGAAGUUGCGGAAGUUCUGACAGAACUGAAAGCAUGUGGACUUGAACCCGAUCUGUACAGCUACAACACAUUGAUCAAGGCAUAUGGAAUAGCAGGGAUGGUUGAAGAAGCUGCUCGGUUGGUGAAAGAAAUGAGAGAAAAGGGGAUAGAACCAGAUAGGAUAACUUAUAUUAACAUGAUUAGAGCACUGCAAAGAAACGAUCAAUUUUUAGAGGCGAUCAAGUGGUCAUUGUGGAUGAAGCAGAUGAAAUAUUGAAGUUCAUAAAUGCCAAAACAAUGAAACAGUUGUUUGUGUCCUCAAGUCUACCAGCCCCCAGAUAUAGCCAAUAUUCCUGUCCAGACUCUUGCUCACAAUGUAUAUUGAUAAGCUUUCGUUAUUGCCAUCCACGCUAUGCUCA